GUAUAAUCUAGUGGACGGAACGCUUCUUUCAACAGCAGCAACAGUUCGUCAGACACCUCGGUAGCUUGCUAGACAAAAUAGCCGAACAAAUAAAGCUCUUUAGACGCUUCAGUGUUUAUUAGCCACUGUCUUUUAAAACCAUUUAUGUCGUCUAGUUAGUUAUCCGAUUUAAUUUCAUAUUUAGAGUGUUGUUAUUAGUAAGCUAGCGGGCUGGUUAAGUUAGCAUUAGCCUAGCUAGCUAACAUCUCCGACCAUGCGGUCACUAAGCUACUCUCCUUCUUAUGAAGAGAAGGAUAUCACAGUAAAUCAAGAAGUAGAGAGUGGGGCCUUUACUGUGAAAGAAGAGGAGGACGCGUUCAGAGUGAAAGACGAGGAAGAUAUCACAGUAAAACAAGAAGUAGAGAGUGAGGCUGUUACUUUGAAAGAAGAGGAAGACACUCCUGCUGCUAAGGAAGAGGUGGAUAUCACAGUAAAACAAGAAGUAGAGGGUGGGGCCGUUACUGUGAAAGAAGAAGAGAAAGACACGUUCAGAGUGAACGAGGAGGAGGAUGUUGUUACUUUAAAAGUGGAGGAGGAUGUUACUGUAAAAGAGGAGGAGGAUGUUACUGUAAAAGAAGAGGAGGAUGUUACUGUAAAAGAAGUGGGGGAUGUUACUGUAAAAGAAGAGGAGGAUGUUACUAUAAAAGAAGAGGGGGGUGUUACUGUAAAAGAAGAGGAGGAUGUUACUGUAAAAGAAGAGGGGGGUGUUACUGUAAAAGGAGAGGAGGAUUCCGUUUUUGGAGUGAAAGAGGAGGAGUGGGAAAUGACUGUUACAUCAAAAGAAGAGGAGGAACCUGGAUAUCUGGGCCCGGUUUCCCAAACGCAUCUUAAGGCAUCCAAUGGUUCUAACGAUGAACCGGCCCUGAUUAACACUAGAGAGAGACGGGACUACCGUGGAUCCUCUGGGGAGCCUCAACAACCUCAUGAUGCUGACAAGGCAGAGAAGAGUCUCUCCAGAUCAGAACCCCCCAAGAAACACCUGCAGAGAUCCACAGGGAAGAUAACUCACUGCUGCUCUGACUGUGGGAAGAGAUUCACCUCAUCAGGCAUUACAAUUCAUCAGCGAACACACAGAGGGGAGAAAUCUUAUAGCUGUGAUCAAUGUGGGAAGAGUUUUACUACAUCUGGCUCUCUGACUUUACACAGGAGAACACACACAGGAGAGAAACCUUAUAGCUGUACUCAAUGUGGGAAGAGUUUUACUCAGCUCAGCAGCCUAAUAACACACCAGAGAAUACACACAGGAGAGAAACCUUAUAGCUGUACUCAAUGUCGGAAGAGUUUUACUAAUCCAUCCGCGCUGACAGUGCACCAGAGAAUACACACAGGAGAGAAACCUUUUAGCUGUGGUCAAUGUGGGAAGAGUUUUGGUCAAUCUGGAGAUCUGAGAGUGCACCAGAGAACACACACAGGAGAGAGACCUUAUAGUUGUGGUCAAUGUGGGAAGAGUUUUGGUCAAUCUGGAGAUCUGAGAGUGCACCAGAGAACACACACAGGAGAGAGACCUUAUAGCUGUGAUCAAUGUGGGAAGAGUUUUGCCCAAUCUGGAGCGCUGACAGUGCACCAGAGAAUACACACAGGGGAGAGACCUUAUAGCUGUAGUCAAUGUGGGAACAGUUUUGCUGCAUCAAGAACUCUGACUCAACACCAGAGAAUACACACAAGAGAGAAAUCUUUUGUCUGUGAAUAAUGUGGGAAGAGUUGUGGUAUCACACCAGAGAGCACACACAGGAGAGAUACCUUAUAGCUGUGAUCAGUGUGCCAAGAGAUACUUUAAUAAAAUAUCUCUGAUCAAACAUCAGAAAAUACAUACAUUAAUUAGUUAUUUCAUGAUAUCAAUGAAAAGAUGUCACAAUGUAGAAUGUUUUAACAUUGUAGUAGGAGUAUUUUAAUGACGUCACAAUGUAGAACCCUAAACAUUUGUCCCCUGUUCUAUUGAUUUCAACAUGAUAUGGAUAUUAGACUCAGGGGGGAAAUCCAGGCUCUGAAAUGGAAGAGUAUUAUUUAACAAACAGUGAUUAACAAAAAAUGUGUUUUGUUCCACUUACCACGUUCGUGAUCCACUUGAAUCAAAAUGCAACACUUCAAAAUGUAUCAAGCUGUUUUCUGCAAGUUGUCCUCUAACCAGGGAUAUACACAUUACUCCCAAAUUCAGUGUGGUUUUUGAGCUGUUAGCUUUAACAGGACGUGCAACCUCAUCUCUCUUCUCGCACAAAUGAUUUUAGCAUGAUAUUGAUGAGUUAUAACAAAUAAGUGUUGUGUUCCUUUGUUUAGUGACUCCUAAAUUUAAAUGCAUCCCUCCAAAAUGUAGCUGACUGUCUUCUGCAGGUUGUCCUCUAACCAGUGAGGUAAAAGAUAUCUCCCAUUUCCAUGUGUUUUUUUAGUUGUGUUAGUUUCAACAUCACGUACAACCUAAUUUCCCCUCUAAUCGAUAUCAGUGAUUUAUUGCGUCUUGUCAAAACAACAGCGUUUUUGGUGCUUGUGCAGUUUAUAAGGAGCUUGUUUUAAAAAUACAAGAAAUAUGAUUAUUGUGGCAGAUGUUUGUCUAUAUAGCACAUUUUAUGUUUAGGUUUUCAAUUUAUCCCUAACUGUUUCUGCAUAUUGGUUAUUGAUUUGGAGACAUUAAAACUGUGUUUUGACAUUGGGGAUAUCACA